AUGUCCAGCGACAGGGACUUAUCAGCGCUUGAUGCGGUAGAUGAGCCGGUUGGAUUAGAGGAGGAAACAAGUGAUGAAAGUGAUAAUAUCGAGAUAGACAUGGAUUUAGCGCCGGUGUUGCCGGUGGUGGACCAUAUGGAACCGUUUCAUGACAGUUUUGAACCUGCAUUGGACUACGACAACGAUUUCAGUGACGAUGGCCAUCCAGUGCAACGUGUUGAUACAGACUCUGAUUCUGUGGCAGACGACGGGGGCCACAUCUCACCAGAUGCGAUAUUGGAUGAAAUGUCAGACGACGCAGAAACUGCAGAUGACGACCUGUCGCCCCACGAAGACGAAGUGACACCUACAGAUGAUGAGAUAUCGGAUACAGCAGGAGACGAGCUGUCGCCCCACAAAGACGAGCUGUCGCCCCACAAAGACGAAAUGGCACCUACAGAUGAUGAGAUAUCGGAUACAGCAGAAGACGACCUGUCGCCCCACGAAGACGAAAUGACACCUACAGAUGACGAGAUGUCAGAAGUUUCGGAUGAGGAGCAGUUGCCCCACAAUGAAGAUGAUAUGGUACCUAUAGAUGAUGAGAUGUCGAAUACGUCCACAGAUGAGGAGCAGUUGCCCCACGAUGAAGAUGAGGAUUCCGAUCCAUACAUGGAUCCUAUUGAAGAAUAUGUAGAUUCCAUUAAAGAAGAUGUGGAGCUGACCUUAGAUGAUGCGAUUGACCAGUAUUUACCAGUACUGGAUGGAAGCCAGGCAGAGCAUAUAGCAUCAUCUCCACCCAAUGUGCCAUCAAUUGAUAUUGGAUACGAAAACCAUCAGGACUCCGUGGAUACCAUCGAUGUUGGAUCACCCGCAUCUGGUUUACCGGAACCAUACAUGACAAGCGAUAACAAUAUGGUGUUUGAGGAAAACGAGGAAAUAUUGAGAAGUGGGAGCGAUAGCGAUCGAGUCAAUUCAGAGGAAGAUGUGGGCCAGAUGCGACGAGGGUUUGUCGAGGUGGAUAAUGAAGAUAUAGACCCUAGUGACUCGGAUGGGGUAUCAUCAGAACCUGAUGAUACAAGCUCGGAGGAUUCAGACGAAGAGAGUUUCGAGUAUGGGAAAACAAUACAGAAUCUGACUAGCCAAGAGAUUAUUUCAAUCAUCAUGCACGAUUUAAAGCUCUCACAUAAGAUUUCGAGAGUCGCCAGCACGGACAUCACGCGCCUAGUAGAGAAUUUCACUGAGGAAAACGAAUCAUGUUGGGAUUAUCGUACGACCAAGAAAUGGAUCGAAUCGAAAACAGGUAUUGUUCCAGAGACGUACGACUGCUGUAGGAACUCUUAUGCUGCACGAUCGAAUAUGAUGACAUCCUAUCGGCGACAUGCAGAAUCACAAAAAGAGAGUCGAAUCGAUUACUGGACUGGCGAUUUGUUUAGGGAUUUAAAAGACAGAAAGGGGUUAUUCGAUUCGAUCACGGACUUAGGAUUCUUGCUAUCCACAGACGGAGUUCAGGUGUUCAAGCACAAAACUAGCUUCUCAAUAUGGCCCGUUAUAUUGCAGUGCCUGAACCUUCCACCCACCCACAGGGCUAAGCGACAGAAUGUUUUAUGUGUGGGGUUUGUACCAGGACCGAAAGGGCCCAAGAACUUGGACUCUUUUCUCUUUCCUCUCGUCAGAGAGUUUGAAGAGCUCCAAAGAGGAGUAUCUGCAAUAAACGGUGCAAUUUCGGAACAACUACCGGCCCGCGACAGACAAUUCACACUAAAAGGGCAUAUUUGCUUGAUUACAGCGGACAUGGUUGCCAGAGAGAAGAUCAUGAAGAUCACAGGCAAUAGAUCAUACUGCUAUUGCGAAUAUUGCUUAGCACAAGGCAUUUUCAAUAAAGGAAUGUACUGCCCGUUGUCUCCACCGAUCGACACCCCAGUGGAAGCGCAAAACAAAAGAGGAUAUCCAUUGGUAGAAUGGGAUAGGAGGGAUCUGCCCAUGAGGAGAAACAGGGAAUUCAGGCGUAUAGCGAUGCAGAUUGCAACGAGAGGUGCUAAUUCCAGACAGCAGUCUAAGUAUGGUAUCAAAGGCCUAUCGAUCCUCAGCCAAUUGAAAUCAAUCGAUUUCCCUAGAUCAUUUCCUCCUGAUAGUAUGCAUUUAUGGUUCGAGAACAUAAUCCCAGAUCUAGUAAAGCACUGGAGAGGUAAAUAUAGGGUGACAGAAAGCCAAGCGGAAGCGCCUGCAGAGAGUACUAGCUCCAAUGAAUCGGAUACAGACCAAAAUACAAGCUCCGAAGACGAAGCAUCCGAAGUUGAGAGGGAAAGAACAAACGAGCCCCCGGCCCGCGCAAACAGAGGACAAAGAAGAUCGCGUAAUACAGUUUCAUCACGAAGGGAGAGCAUGAACUCGAGGUCAAGAAAUGACGAGGGAGGUAUCAGGAUACAAGUUCCAGGGAAUGCGAAUAGACAACAGUAUAGCCAGAGAAUGAGGGAACCAAAAGCGGUACAUACAGACGACCCAUACAACAUCUCCCUGCGGGAUUGGGAGUGGAUCAGUAAGGAGAUAGCAGCUAGCGCAAGUACUGUACCGCUCCUCUUUGGACCACUACUUCGAAAUUUCAUAAAUCAUAUACACGAAAUGACCGCUAUAGAAUGGCAAUUAUUUACAUUCCUGCUUGCACCUGUUUACCUCAAGGACCUAUUACCGGACGAGGAUUAUGACGAAUAUAUAUCAUUGGUAGAAGGUAUUCAGCUGAGUUGCGAUUAUAUUUUGACAGAGCAAGACAUACAGGAGAUGGAAGACCGUAUGGUGAGGUUUAGCGAGUACUACGAACGCCGAUAUUAUCGAGAAUGGGCAAGAAUAAAGUCAAUGGACAAUGGAGUGAUUUUGUGGUACGCUUACUGCGGCAGCGAAAUCAAGGACGAUGCAAUCCCGUGCCCGGAUGACGAGGACGAGGACGGUAACAUAAAAUUAUCCGGAACCCUAGGGAAGCGCCUACGUAAAACACAGGACCACAGGAUAAAAGAGGCCGUCGAGCUACGCAAUGUAAGAACUGAUACAGUGGUAUUAUACGGGCCGUCAAAAGCAAAUAGGCUCACGACAUACCAGCGCAUGUGCAUAAAGGCCUUCUUUUUGGGCGAAGAAUACGAAGAUAUGGAAGAAGAAGAGGAAGGUCUCGAAGCGGAUGCCAACAGCUUCGAUAUCCCAGUGGACGGCCGCAUAUUCCGCUCGUGUGUGUUCAAUACUACGAGAAGAGGGGAUGUGUACUGUUUUAGGGCGACGUCGUCUACGAUGCAAAGAUCUAAUCAGCUCCGACAGAAUUCACUGGUUAGAUACGAGUCCGAAAAUGACAGAGGCAAUGUAGAGAGUAACUUCGGGGAAGUGCUUUGCUUUUUCUCUAUCCAUAUACCAGAGGAAUGUGUUUAUGCCCGUAGGAGCAUGAGGCGGCGUAAUGCAACUGGUAUUAAACUGGGAAUAAAAGAGAAAGAGAGAGGAGCGGUGAGGGACCUAGAAGAGAGAGAGUUGUCACUAGCGUAUAUCAGAUCUUUCCCUGCUAUACGAGACGGAAAGCUGUUAUACAAAGGAGGAAGAGGUCAAUUGAAAGUCAUAAUGGCUAGUGAUAUACAUGAAUUGAUUGGCCUAUUGCGCAAAGGGAGGCAAGAGUUUAUAAUUAGGAGACAUAGCGCACUAUGGUAA